AGGAACUGCAAGAAAAGUGCUAGAAUUGUGGCUGACGUGGGUAUUUGGUGUUUUGCUUUUGGAUUUUUCUCCUGUUUACCUUAAAUUUCUCUGAUAAAACACUUAAUAUUAGUGAAAAUUGUUGUCCAAAAGAUAGUCAAGAUGUUGAAUAUUCAGACACAUAUGGACUUUGAUGGUCAAGGACGGGCAGAGAGACUGUCCAGGAUUAUUAUAACUAUCUUUGGAAUUGUCGGACUUGUGUAUGGUGGCUAUGUUCAGCAAUUCUCUCAGACAGUCUUUAUCCUGGCAGCUGGAUUUGCUGUUGCAGCCUUGCUCACAAUUCCUCCCUGGCCACUGUACCGGAGGAAACCGCUCAAUUGGCAGAAGCCACGAGGAGAUUCGUCGCAGGAAGAGGGAAAGAAGAAGAAAAAAUAAUCCAUGUUCUAAUCCUUGAAGAAUUUACUUAAUACAGAGACAAAAUGCUAAUUUGAUGAAU